AUGGACAGUGAGCAAGCUAUCGGGGAUGUCAGCUGCUCCGAGGAGAAGGCAAUGUACUAUCGCCAUAUUUGGAAGUCAGCUGGCCACAGUGUCUUCGAAAAUCUUGAGAAAAUUUCCACAAACUUCAGCCAAGAAGGACUAUCCUAUGCCCAGUUUUGUGAACGCUAUAACUCCGUCGACGGCAAAGAUCACGUCGGCUUCACUUUCGUGCGACAUCCAAUCGCACGGUUCAUCUCCGGGUAUGCGGAGAUCGAGAGCCGAGCCCGUGAUGGGAAUCCAACUUAUGAAGACCUCGCGACAACUCUGAACAAAUAUCCCGUAGGCAGUCCACGACGAGCUGCUGCGUUCUUCAGAGAGUUUUUACGCACCGGCAUCAACCGUGAUGGUCAUGUCAAGCCGCAGUUGGAAUUUAUGAUACCAAAUGCCGGCUGUUCAGUUCCGAUGGGUUUCAUUGGAAAGACAGAGAGCAUGGAAGACGAUUGGACAAGGAUGUUCGAAGCGCACCAGUGCAACCUCUCUUCACCUUUUGAUGAGUCGCUAGGCUUGCACCCCAAUGAUGAGCAGGACAAGACUGCCAUGGAGACAGUUCUGGGCUGGACGGAAACAAGUACGAUCGAGCCAAUCGACGGUUCGUACGACAACGCGACGCCUUCUGCCGUGGCGCUCAGCCAAGCUUCCGCUGAUGUGCGUGCAAUAGUUGCUGCACUUCAGGAGAAUGGUUCCAGGUAUUUGCGGGCAUUGUGCUGGCUUUUGCUCGCAGAUUUUGCGUCAUUUCGCUUCAACAUGCCUGCUGCUUGCCGCAGUGGGCUCCUCCAUAAGAGCAGAUUUGCUUUGCUGCGUGCUAAGCCGGCAUCGAGCACCAGGCUUCUGCCCCAUGGUGCUUUGGCUGCCAUCGCACUCGCCCUCUGCGUGGUCGGAAGGCUAACCGAUGCCGGCGGAAGCUUGCUGUCAGUCUUCGUGCCCUCGCCACCAGUGCGCUCGGUUCGCUCCGUGCGUUCUGCGGGUACGAUUCGCUGUCGAGUAGGCGUCAAGCGCAAGGCUCAAGAGAAAGAGGGCGAAGCAGCAGAGGAAGAAGAAGAAGAUGAGGAGGACGUAGACGAUCUGGACGAGAUCGUAAUGGAUACCGAUGACGACGACGAUGAUUUUGAGGCAGAUGAAAAGGGUGCAUUUGAGGAUGACGACGAGGAAGAUGACGAUGUUCUCUACGAAGAG